GUGGAAAUGUAUUUCUAAAAUGUUUCUAAACGUUUUUCCUCUAUCGGACGUUUAUCUUCUUGUCAGCUGCCUUUUGUUUUGAUUUUUCAUUUUCGUCUGAUUUACGUCCAUUUGAACAAAAACUACAAAAAUCGUUUCCAAUAAAGUGUCUGAAAAUGAAACUAUGUUGUUAUUUUACCUAAUAGUCAAUAAAAUCAAUUGAUCAGGAUUCAGGAUUGAAAUGAAAACAAGUGGAGUGAGAUUGUAGUCCUACCCAUCCUACCUAAUUGAAGUUGCCAUUUUAAAAUUACUUGCGCUGUAAUACGACAAAACUAAAAGUGUACUAGAGUCAGGUUUGAAAUCCCUGUAGACUAGUACUAUGUUAAAAUUAGCAUUAUAAUAGUCAUUCAUAUCUCAUACGUAUAUCUAUGUUAAUAAUCAACAAUAGCAACAAGUAGACAGCUGGGAGGAUGGAUGCUGUGAAAAUAUUCUUCCUUUUCUUAAUCAAAUAAUUACGUUUUGUUGUUUAGAUAAUAUGUAUUUUUAAUAUUUUAGAGUAAUAUACGCGGUUCAGUGAUAAAGUUAGUGCUUGUGAUAGUUCAAAAAUGGAUGAAUCUGGGAUUGAUAUGGGAUACGAUCUCGCUUCUCUGUUGACGAACGAUUUUAAUAUUGACCAGAAGAUUUUGGACGAAAUGUCAGCUGCUCAGCAUCAGGAUUUCAUGUUCUACGAGCUCAAGUCAAAGGCGGUACCGAUCACCGAAAGCCCGCCCACGUUCAAGACGUUAACGCCCACGUCGCGCACGCAGCUCAAGCAGCAGUUGAUGCGAGAACAUGCGCAGGAGCAAUUGCGCAGAGAAUCUUUACAGGCACAGCAGGCAGGCCAAUCCAAAGACAAUGAAGACAAGAAUAAGUCGAGUCCCACGGACGUGCCGCGGAUCACGCCGCACGUCGAACUACCGCCACAAGUAUUACAGGUGCGAACAGUUCUGGAGAAUCCCACCCGGUAUCACGUGAUCCAGAAGCAGAAGAGCCAGGUGCGCCAGUACCUCAGCGAGUCGUUUACACCGCAGCCGCAGGUAGCGGGCUCAAUACGAGGCGCGCCGGUCCAAAGCGCGCCAGAGCUCGGCAACCGAGCGCCCUCCCCCGACAGAGCGUCCUCCUCCAGUCUCCUCAGCCCUGGACUCUGUUCUGCGGGAGCUAACUCUGAAGCGGAUGAGUUCCUAGAAGACAUCCUCUCCCUGGAUAGCGGGGCGGGCCCCCUGUCGUCCUCCGAGCCCGCGUCCGCCGCCAGCUCCGUGGCUGGGGACUGCGGCUUGCUGACUGAUGCGGACAUGCAUGCUCUAGCCAAGGAUCGGCAGAAGAAAGACAACCACAAUAUGAUUGAACGUCGACGCAGAUUCAACAUCAACGAUCGAAUAAAAGAACUCGGUACCCUCCUGCCCAAGACCAACGACCCUUUCUAUGACGUCAUAAGGGACGUGCGGCCGAACAAGGGCACCAUCCUCAAGAGUAGCGUGGACUAUAUCAAGUGCCUCAGGGACGAGGUCAACAGACUCAAGCACAGCGAGCAGAGGAGGAAGCAGAUAGAACUACACAAUAGGAAACUAACCUUAAGGAUACAGGAAUUAGAAAGGCUAGCGCGAUUGCACGGUCUACCCGUGUCUUCAGAUGGCUGGUCGUCACCGUCGCACCACUCCGACUCGGGGGUGGAAACAACCCCGUCAGAGAACUUCUCUGAACCCCCCAAAUCUCUACCGGAGGUGGUGCUGCCGAAAUCGGAGCCCGCAUCACUGAUGGAGCUGGGGGAUCCCCCGCCAGACUUAUUGAGGGACACGCCGUCCGGUGAGGCGCUACAGGCUUUGGAUGCACUUGAUGGUCUAAAACUAGGUUCGUGUUCGCCACUCAGCCGGGAAGAGGGCCUGUCCUUGGGCUGCUUGGAGCCCGACCUCUGCCUCGAACCCGUCACCGACCAUCUCUUCACCCACAAAGACAUUAAGCAAAUGAGGUUAUCACCGACCCCAGGGAUGCUGGGCAGCGAUGACAACGAUGCGGUACUAAACCUCGCGCAAAUAGAAGACCUUAUGGAUGACGACUCACAUAACCCUGUCACGUCAGGGGACCCCAUGCUCUGUUCGUCUCCCACGUCACACCUCGGGCUCAGUGCGGCCGUGGCGGAGGCGGCGGACCAAUCCUGUGCCGCCAUGCUGCACAUAGAUCUCUCCUCACAUGCGCCCGGUUCAUCACUAAUGUCAGAAGGCGGCAUGUCGCUCGGCCUAGGCGGGUUAGGAGGUCUAGGAGGUUUAGGGGAAAGCCUGCCCCUACUACUGGGGUCCACUCACGCGCCGCACUCACCUCACACCCACCCCAGGCCCUGCUUUGACAUGGAUCUAGGCGCCUAGUAUGGCAAAAACCCAGUGGCUAUAGUAGUGAAUAAAACCGACUAUGGUUUGUUAUCUUUAAACAGAGUUCCUAAAUUAAUACAGUAGCUGGCAGGAAAUAUUGUACAGUCAAAGGCCGUAAGUCGUUUAGCACCUUAAUGAUCAUAUUCGCGUGGCACGGUCAUGCACAUGCGUUUGG